AGAUGUCUUUGACGGUUCUCUGAAUUGAAUCUCUCUCCCAGUCAUCGAAUCAUCACAAGAAGCUUUGAUUUGAGUAUCGAUUCUACAGGGGUUGAAGCCUGGAAGUGGAAGAUAUCCACCAUCAAUGAGGAAGGGAGGCUUAAGCAACAAUCUCAACCUCAAACUCAGUCUCCCUCAAGAAGACCAAUCCAUAGCCAAGUUCCUAACGCAGAGCGGCACGUUUAAGGAUGGUGAUCUGCUUGUAAACAGAGAUGGAGUUCGGAUUGUUUCUCAGAGCGAAGUUGAAGCACCACCUCCGAUUAAGCCUACAGAUGAUCAGUUGAGUUUAGCGGACAUAGACACAAUUAAAGUCAUUGGAAAAGGAAAUGGUGGAACUGUGCAAUUAGUUCAGCACAAAUGGACUGCUCAGUUUUUUGCAUUGAAGGUAAUUGAGAUGAAAAUUGAGGAGUCUUACCGCAGGCAGAUUGCUAAAGAACUGAAAAUCAAUCAAUCAGCACAGUGUCCCUAUAUUGUUGUCUGUUACCAAUCUUUCUAUGAUAAUGGGUUGAUAUAUAUCAUUUUAGAGUACAUGGAUGGUGGAUCUUUAGCUGAUUUUCUGAAAAAGGUUAAAAAAAUUGAAGAACCAUAUCUUGCUGCCAUUUGUAAGCAGGUGCUGAAGGGGCUGAUGUACCUUCACCACGAAAGACACAUCAUCCAUAGGGACUUGAAGCCUUCUAAUUUAUUAGUAAAUCAUAGAGGGGAAGUAAAGAUUACCGACUUCGGUGUGAGUGCGAUUAUGGCAAGCACAACUGGAGAGGCUAAUACUUUCGUUGGCACAUAUAACUAUAUGUCUCCAGAGAGAAUUAUUGGAAAUCGACAUGGCAAAAAAAGUGACAUUUGGAGCUUGGGGCUGAUAUUACUUGAAUGUGCAACCGGCAAAUUCCCUUAUUCUCCACCCGAGAAAGAUGGAGGAUGGGAUAACUUUUAUGAUCUUAUGGUAGCCAUUGCUGAGGGCGAACCUCCUUCUGCUCCAGCCGACCAGUUUACUCCCAAUUUCUGUUCCUUCAUUUCUGCAUGUUUGCAAACGGAGCCGAAGGAUAGACUGUCAGCACGUGAACUUUUGGAACACCCUUUCGUCAAAAUGUAUGAAGAUACAGAUAUUGACCUGUCAUCUUACUUCAAUGAUGCAGGGACUCCACUUGCAACGUUCUAAAUUUGAUCUGGCUUGCAGGGGAUGGACAAGGAUUACGCCGCCAUCUCACAUUCUCCUGAAUGCUGCUUGUUUUACUUCAGUUUGUCUGAUUGAAAGAGGAGUUUCAAUCAGAACUGGAUGAUUGUUGUUCCUUUAUUGGUCACAUUUUAGAUCCGGUUCUGAUCCUUCUCGAGGAUGAUUCAGAAGGAUACCGGGAUGUUAUGUUGUGCAAAGAGAUUUCACAUCGUGGCCUUUUCUUGUAAGAUUUUGUAAUCCCAUUCUACUACUCACCAUGUAAAAUUUGGAGCAUCAAUGAUUUAAUACAUGUAUGACAGAAGCACUGUGCAUAAAUUUUAAUCCC